AUGCAUGAAUAUUUCUAUUUCUAUGCUGUACUGGGCAAAGCCGCUUUUAGGGGCAUCCCGCCCAGCAAUCCUGUCGCUGGCAGCAGUACCCCUCCCCCGAGUAGACUCGUCCCUGUGUCGCGGUGGUGCAGACACCCCCGCCCCGCCGUGCUCUUGUCGGGACAGUGUCGCGGCAAACGGAACCUGCACACUGUGCUCGUGUACAGCGGAUGGACGUUCUUGGGAUUGCUAUGUCUUGGUUGCUGGCGGGACGGUGGUUCCCGCGCCAUUCCAACACUCGAGGGGAUAGACCAAACAUACCUAGAUGGCAGCUAUGGUUUGCGUCAAGACGCCAAGUUAAAAUGCUGCAUGGCAGCGCUCUCUCGCGGCUUCUCCGUGUUCGCCUUACAAAAUGGCGGCUGGUGCGCUGCGUCAGCUGAUGGCCACAACACCUACAACAUGUACGGACCAGUUCCCGGCGUGCAUGUACCAUGUGAGACCUUACACACUGCCGGCUGCAACCUGACCACCACCACAGACGGGGGUGUACCGGAGUAUGAACCGCCUGGUGACCAACCAUGCCAUGUCACAGCUGGCAUUCACGAGGGGAUUCACGGCAUUGAAAAUCCACUUCAAGUACAUCAAUGCGGAAACAUCAUUAUCAAUGCUGCGGCGUCAUUCCAGUGUAAUCACCCUUACCAGGUGUCGGUACAAUGGACGGUAAGGGGGAACAUCUCACAGUCGCUUGGAGAAGAGGGGCUGAGUCUCGAGGUCCUACCGGAUCAAGAUGGUAUUGCCACCGAUCAGUUGAAACUCGACCUACCGCCGAAGACCUUACCUCUAGGCCUAUUCAUGGUGCAGGUUACAGUGACCAUGAAAAUACCUGAGAUCGGACACACCAGCAUUGCUGUGGCUCAGAUGUGGCUGCAAGUGCUACCGUUCCCCAUAACUGCGAGAAUGAAUGCCUUGUCAGCAAGGACGACGUCGUUGCAGUCGUUUUGGGUUGUACCGACCCUCGUGUCUCCUGAUCCCGAUUGCCAGGUUCCCAGCGAUCAGUUAAGCUACGCUUGGACCUGUGAAGCAGUUUCUUAUCCGAACCCACCAGUUACCAGCGGUGGAAUAUCGGCCUGUGAAGCUCUUCUCGGAGACUUACAGCCAGGUUCAGAUCCAGACGGAGGUGUCUUGAGAUUUGACUCCAGCACCAAACCUGUCCCGCUGAACUCCAUUGUCAAAGUCAGUGUGGUCAUCACUGCAACGGGUCACGAACCGGGUUCUACUUUCAUCAACAUACACACCGCCGGAGCACCUGGCCUAGGGGAGUACUGGCUACGUUGUACCGAAAACUGUAAUCCUGGAGACUUCAUCUCACACAAGAUGCUACGCCUCAUCAUAUCACCAACUGUAGACAAUUCAGGUCCUAACUUGUGGACUCUAGAGGAAGCACCCACAGACUUUCCUGGCCUCGACUGGACAAACGAUGUCUUAGUUGCCAAUGAAGAUACCCUGGAAGUCCAUCCCAACGUUUUUACAGUCCCCGGAAAUUACACAAUCAGAGUUGCCAACUACGUCAACCCAAGCUUUCCAAGGAUUGCGGAAUAUCGAUUUCUCGUGUUAAGGAAUCCAGUACCAGGGAGUCUUCUCCAGAGCGGUUCCGCAGAAAUACCAGCAGAUGUUUGCUCUGUCCUUCCUGCAGACGGGGUAUCAUUGGUGGAAAAGUUUUGCGUCGUCUGCAAAGGUACCAUGAUUGCGUAA